CUUUCCGUGGACAACUUCUACAGGUUUAAAAGGAUCCAUGGUCGGGCGUCCAUGUGUUCUUACGUCCAUGGUCCAAGACAGUUAGGUUAAGUCGUAGCUAGAGUGAGAGGAUUUCAAUGCUUUUUAAAAUCAAACUAAAUUUCUGGUCAUUUUGAAAAAUGGGACGUCAUAAAAAGGGCCGUUGCGUAAAACGCAAUAAACAGGUGAACACAAAUGAGAAGGAGGAUCUCAUUAAUGCACCUCAUUCGUUUGUGAUACAUCGUGGUUUACCUGGUGGACACAUCGUCGAGUUGACUAAGGAUUUCCGCAAGGUGAUGGAACCAUUUACUGCUGUAUCGUUAAAGGCUAGAAGAAGAAAUACGAUUAAAGACUUUGUAUCGGUUUCUGGUGUACUUCACGUCAGCCACAUGUGUAUCUUUACAAGAACCGAACUCGGAAUGUAUCUUAAAUUAUGUCGAGUACCAAGAGGACCAACAUUGUCAUUCAAAAUAACUAGCUUCUCCUUGGCAAGGGAUGUAGUUUCAGCGUUAAAGAAACAAUUAGUCUCUGAAGAAGCAUUUAAGAGUUCUCCUCUUAUCAUUCUAAAUAACUUUAGCGGAGAGGGCAUGCAAAUGAAGCUCAUGGCUUCCAUGUUUCAAAAUAUGUUCCCUACCAUUAACUUAACCAAAGUUAAUCUCAGUACAAUUCGUCGUUGUGUAUGCUUGAAUUAUAACGUAACGUCCAAGUUAAUUGACUUCAGACAUUAUGCCAUCAAAGUAGUACCGGCAGGCCUGUCGAGAGGAGUAAAAAAAAUAGUGCAAGCAAAGAUACCAAAUCUCUCAAGGUGUGAGGACUUUUCCGAGUUUCUUACGAAGGAAACUAUGUCUGAAAGCGAAGCAGAGGAUGACCCAACAAAUCAAGUCACUCUACCACAAAAUUUGUCUUCGAGAGGAAACAAUGCACAAAGUGUUAGUGCAAUUAGGCUUUUUGAACUUGGGCCCAGGAUAACGAUGCAGUUAAUGAAAGUGGAAGACGGAUUGUUGGAUGGAGAAGUGCUUUUCCAUGAGUUGGUGCACAAGACUGACGAAGAAAAGCUUCGAAUACAGAAACGACGGGAACUGAGGAGAAAGCUGAAGGAGAAAAAACAAAUGGAAGCUGAAAAGAAUAGGCAAGACAAGGAUAUAAAGAAAGAGCAAGAUAAGGAACGGUCGCUCAAGGGAAUGCAGAAGAGAAAGGAGAACGAUGUUUUAAUGCAGAAAUUAGCAAAAGAAGCUAACGAAGAGAAUAAUGUCGAAGACGACGAUGUCCAAUAUUACAGGGAAGAAGUUGGACAAGAACCUGACAAAGAUUUAUUUAGCAGAAGUUCGGGGAAGAAGAGACCACUAAACUAUGCACCCAGGUAUAAAUCUAAGAAGACAAAGAUUAGUAAAGAUAAGUAGCACUGGGUUUGACUUUUAAUCUUACUAUAUAUAUACAUUUAUAUAUUUAAAUAAUAAAAGAUGAAUUUAAGAGAA